ACAUAGCGAGUUCUUGAAGCAUCCAUUUCCUUAUGCAUAGAUGAGUUAAUGGUGUCUCUUCUCAUUCGCAAAUCCAAUGGACUUAAAAUGAAACUCUCAUUUUCGCCAACACUUAACUCUCUCUGCUACUACUCUCUGUUCUCCGUCUUCUCUACUAACUCGCUACGUUUCUACCAGCACAACAACGAUGAAUAUAGUAGCGAUAAGCCCACUUCACCGUUAUCUUCAUCGCCGCCGCCGCAGUUUUCUGCCAGGUCAAUUUGUUCACUGGUCUUGGAAUCUUAUUGUCAACAGACCUCCUACUUAAAACCAUCCCCUCCAAAGAUUAAUCUCCAAAUCGACCCCGAUUCUUUGACCCAUGAUCAGGCCAUUACAGUUGUUGCUUCACUUGCAGAGGAAGCGGGUUCGAUGGUGGCAUUGAGUUUCUUCAAUUGGGCAAUUGGGUUUGCCAAGUUUAGGCAUUUCAUGAGAUUAUACAUCGUUUGUGCUACUUCUUUUAUUCAUAAUGGCAAUUUGGAUAGAGCCCGUGAAGUGAUGCAAUAUAUGGUAAGGAGCUUUGCUGAUAUUGGGAGAUUGAAGGAGGCUGUUAGUAUGGUUAUUGAAAUGCAAAAUCAUGGCUUGGUAUUGAAUUCUCGAAACUUGAAUUUUGUUCUUGAGAUUGCCGGUGAUAUGGGUUUGGUUGAUUACGCAGAGAACGUGUUUGACGAAAUGCGUGAUAGAGGAGUGAGUCCUGAUCCCAUCAGUUAUAAAUUGAUGGUUGUUGCUUAUUGUAGAAUGGGCAGAAUUUCAGACGCUGAUAGGUGGUUAAAGGAUAUGCUUGAUAGAGGUUUCGUGGUUGAUUAUGCUACAUGUACUUUAAUGAUUAGCACAUUUUGUGAGAAAGGUUUUGUUAAUAGAGCUUUUUGGUAUUUUAAUAAGUGGAUUGAUAUGGGUUUGAGACCAAAUUUGAUCAAUUUUACAUCUUUGAUUAAUGGGAUGUGCAAGAGGGGUAGCAUUAAGCAAGCAUUUGAGAUGUUAGAGGAAAUGGUCAGAAAAGGUUGGAAACCAAAUGUAUACACUCAUACAGCAUUAAUUGAUGGGUUGUGUAAGAAGGGUUGGACUGAAAGGGCAUUUAGAUUAUUUCUUAAGCUUGUUAGGAGUGAUAAUUACAAACCGAAUGCAUGUACAUAUACUUGCAUGAUCAAUGGGUAUUGCAAGGAAAAAAAGUUGAAUCGAGCAGAGAUGCUGUUGAGCAGGAUGAAAGAACAGGGAUUGGUUCCUAACACCACCACUUAUACUUGUCUCAUUGACGGGCAUUGUAAAGCAGGGAACUUUGAAAGAGCAUAUGAGUUGAUGGAUUUAAUGGGUAAAGAAGGAUUCUCUCCUAAUAACUUUACAUAUAAUGCAUUUAUCGAUGGCCUCUGUAAAAAAGGAAGGUUUCCAGAGGCUUAUAAACUGCUUAAGAAGGGACUAAAAUGUGGAUUACAGGCUGAUAGGGUAACAUAUACUAUCCUCAUAUCUGAGCUCUGCAGGCAGGCUGAUUAUAGGCAGGCCCUGGCGGUUCUUAGCAGGAUGUUUAAAGUUGGCCAACAACCUGAUAUGCAUACAUAUAAUGUUCUGAUUGCAACUUUCUGUAGGCAAAAAAGAACAAAAGAAAGUGAGCAACUUUUUGAGGAAGCUAUGAAACUUGGUUUGCUUCCAACCAAGGAAACAUGCACAUCAAUGAUAAGUGGGUACUGUCAAGAUGGGCGUGUUGGCUCAGCUGUAAAGUUUUUCCAUAAGAUGAGUGAUUAUGGUUGCGCACCUGAUAGUAUUGCAUAUGGAGCUCUAAUAAGUGGGCUUUGCAACGAAUCAAAGUUGGAUGAGGCUUGUCAGUUGUAUGAAACCAUGAUUGACAAGGGGCUAAUCCCAUGUGAAGUUACUAGGGUGACAUUGGCUUAUGAGUAUUGCAAAAAGGGUGAUUCUGCUACUGCUAUGAUUAUCUUGGAGAGGCUAGAGAAAAAACUCUGGAUUCGGACAGUUAAUACGUUGAUCAGGAAGCUCUGUUGUGAGAAGAAAGUAGGCAUUGCUGCAUUGUUCUUUCAUAAGUUGUUGGAGAAGGAGCGCAGCGUGGAUAGAAUAACUUUGGCUGCAUUUAAAACUGCGUGUUACGAGAGCAACAAAUAUGCUCUUGUUUCUGACUUGACUGAAAAGAUAUCUAAAGGAUUUUGUUAGCAGCCCAAAUUUUUUGAGAACUGGUAAAUUCCAUUGUUUCAGAAACUGACCAGAUUAAGCAGGCUGUUCAAGGGGAUUUCAUUUACUUACCAGUCAGUUCCCCAGUCGUUUAAAAAAGCAUGGAUGCUCCUUAGGCGUCAAGAAUACAACCGUAUCAAAAACAAUCAACAAAAACUGUGCUGUCAUUUGAAGUGGAAUGGAAAAGGCUAAGGAAAAUUUUCUCAAUUGUAUGUUAUAUGUACCAGUGGCUUGUGAUAGCAAUUACAGAACAACUGAAAUUGAACAAGAAAAAACAGAAUAAACAAUUCUUUAUGACCGA